AUGUACAUGCAGGUGGUCUCCAUCGAGCACUCGCUGGAGCGGCCGCAUACAGCGUUGGGUGACGUAGCGCUGUCACCGAUUUUCCAUCGUGUGUCGGCGCGCUGUCCCGUGCUGCAUCUCUUCGGGUACGUACACAUUCCUUUCGAUCUCACCCCCACCACGGGCGGCAUCUCAGCACUUGUCGCCUUGGCUGAGUUUCGCCACGCGAGCAGCAGCGCUCCAGAGAACGAAGUCGACUGCCACGCGGAAGUCACGGCAGCGGCGACCUCACAUUCCUUGUCUCGCGGAAGCAGCGAGGGUGGUAUUCUGCGUCUCAACCCAGCCACUUCACUCGUUGGCCGACUCGGCGGCACCCCGGCGCCGGCGCAGCAGGAGGAUGCCUCGCCCUCGCCGAAGAGGGUCCCGUGUGCUUUAGAUGCUGAUGGGCACCGCAACACGGCUGCCACGGCCGGCGUGGUAGCGCGGCACGGCAAUGCACCAUCCUCAUCUUCUCUGCCUCCUUGUAGUACCCCCCACGCGGCUACGAGCGCCAUCGGCGGCGACGGCGACCCGCUAAUCUUAACAGACGGGAACCUUUGUAGCUCGGUUGCCUGGCGUGGCCGCUACACGCAACGCCGCGCCUGCCUUCAUGUGCAUGGAGUGUACCCAUCGCUGCUGCUCCCCCAGUACGACCGCAACAUCUCUGCCGAUCAGCUGGCGGCACAGCUCGAGGCCGUGGCGCUCCGCGUUCUCGCGCGACAGGGCACCUUCGUGCCGAACCAACAGCUGGUGCACAAUGUCCGCAUCGUCCACCGCUUCAAUGUGUACGGUUACCGGCCCCACGCGUAUGCCUUUUACGAGGUGGAGCUCAUCGACCCCGACUUGCUGCCAAGGGUGGUGGAUGUGCUGCAGAACUCGACGGAGGUGGGUGGGCGGCAGUGGCAGCUGUACGAUGCGCACUAUCGGUAUCAGACGCAGUUCAUGGUGCGGUGGGGCGUGAAUGGCGUCGCACCGUUUCUUCUUCCAUCUGGACUGUGCCAUGUGCGUCUGCCGACCGUUGCCGAGCUCUCGGAGAACUUGCCUGUUCUCUUGGCGUCGCUUGAAGCGGUGGGUAGACUGCAGGCGCCCCAACACAGCCGCGGUGACGACAGCGAUGGCGCGAAACGAGAGCUGACGGAUAAGGACGAGGAGGAGCACAGGCAAGCAGCUGCCAGUUCUCCGCAGCAGUCGCAGGCUCUCUUGCUCCGGCGCUGGCGACCUGAUGAGCUGGGUCGCGCCACCACGGCAGAGGUGGAGUUGGACGUCGCUGGUGCCGAUUUGCUCGAUCACUUCUCCGCAAUGGAGGAGGGGGAGGCUAAGGGUGCAGCAGCAGCGGCGCGGGGACGACGAAGGACCGUGACAGCCGGCGACAACCUCAGUUACACGCGCCGCAUCAUACGAGACUACUUCAGAGAGCAUGGAGUGUCCAACGCUUGGCGCGUUGCGGACACCAUCGCGAUGGAGCGCCAUCAGCAGGAGUGUGCGCAUGUCGCGGCGGCCGAGUCGAAGGGUCAGGAGAGGCGCUGCGGCUACGUGAUGCAGAUCCAACGCGGCGAUCCGGUGGUGCGGUGGCUGCGACACCGCAUGCUAGAGUACUUGAAGGAGCGGGGGGAAGCCAAUGCAGCGGUCGCAGCGGCGCUUGCCGCUCCUUCUGCGGUUUCCAAGACAGAAGAGGACGGCGAAGUGUCGACUGCCACGUGUCUCGCCAGCACCGGGGCUGCCGCGGCUUCGGUACGGCCCUUCUCGUCCACCGCUUCUCUUGUUGAAAGCCCUGCAACGCUGAAAGAUCAGCGCGCCAUUCGCCAGCAGCUCCUUGCCGAGUACCGCCAGCCUGGCGGCGCUACUGCAAGGGCACGUCGGGACGGCCACCGGCGCGGGGCCACAGACGCGAUGACCACUCGCCCGUACGAAGACGGCCACAUCGUCGUGCCGUCGUCGUGGGCGUAUGUCGUCGACCAGGAAUCAACCAUCGCUGGGGGAGAGGCGCUGUACGCUGGCUUUAGCUCAGAGAGUCUGCAGCCUUCUGUGGAGCAGGGUCAGAUCCAGGCGCAGCAGCCAGCAGCAGUGCCGGAGAAUGCUGCGGGGCAGCCGAUCCCCUCUUCAUCCUCAUACCAGUCCUUCUUUGCCGAGCUCUCGGCCACAGCCUACGCCGAUGUCGUGGCUGCGCCGACGCAGGACUUGUUCACGGCGCUGGCACAGUCAAACGCGCCAUCGUUACCGUCCCAGGGAGACGGUCCCGCCACCUCCGCCGCAGCAGGGGCCGUUGCAAUACCGCGACGCAGUUCAAUUAGCAGCAAGGAAGCAAGUGAGGCGGACUGCAGGGACAUGCGGCCGACGGUGGAGACAACUCGUGAGCUGGCGAGCAACGCGGACGUGACCUUGACGUGCGCAGUUUCUAACUCGAUGACCGCCGCGGCAGCGUCGCGUGUGGGCUCCUCGUGGUCGUCGUGGUCUUCGUGGUCGUCUGCGAUGUCGUCGUCCUCUACUGCGUCCCUCUCCAGUGGCAGGACCUCCCCGGAUCACGGCAACAGCUGUAUGAAUGGCCGCGGAGGCGUUGACCCGUCCUUUCUUGGCUCCUCAGCGGCACAGGCACGUGAGAGAGCCCAAGGAGAGCCGUCUCUCGGGGCAUUGGACGCCGCAGCAGGCGUGCGCGAGACGCCCACGCAGCGACCGAAGCGGCCGUCUGUCGGGCGUUCUCCGAGGAUCAGUGAAGGGCAAGGUGACAACUUCGCGUUUGACGCUCUGGACAGGAUCGAUGGGGAGGCGGUAAGGCCAUCGGUCGGUGCCUCGCACAAAGAUGGCUCACUUCCGCGACUGGGGAGCGACACCAGGAGCGCGGGAUUGGACGAGCUGGCGGGUGCGAAAAACAACCACACUCCGGAGGGUGGGCGUCGCGGCGCUGGCAUCGCUGCGGCCGCAUCGCCGGCUACUCUGCCGCCCACCCGCCGCCUCACGUGUCACGGCUUGAGGGAGGGGGACUGCAUUGGGUUUGUGCGUGUGCGCGACGUCGCGUCUUGUUGGCGUCACGGCGAGGUCCUGGCGAUGGCCCGUGUCGCGGCGUUGACAGGAGAGACGACAGAGUUGCAGUGGCUGCUGCGCUUGAGCGAGACGCACUUCGCUGCGGAGGAGCAAGCGUUGGUGCGCCGUGGCUCAUGGCUGCGAGCCCAACGACCGACCGCCGCCGCUAACACGGCGCCCUCGAUGAGGGACCAUCACAGCCACUUUUCUGGAACUGCACGCGACGUGCAACUGGGGGAAGUGGUGCUCAGCAACGUGUACGAUAGCGUCCUCACCUCGGUGCUGGAGGGCGACGCGCAGGUGGCUGCGCUGUCCGCACCCACGCAACAGCUUCCUGCAAGGGACAUCGCUGUUUCUGCGGCGCGUACUCUGGAUAUGGGGAGGAUCGAUUUAGAGGUGCGUGAGGCAGAUCGGGAGGAGAGCAGCGUGUCGCGGCGACCGGGGCGUCGUCGUCCUUUACAUGAUGCGACUGCUGAGGUGCAAGUCUGGAGGGUUCUCUGUUUCACCGAUGUGGCGGCGUAUCACAGCAUCGAAGGACCACCUGAUGGCUGGUAUCGGACCCACGCCGGACACCCCGGCUGCAGCCCACCUCCUCGGCUGCGAGUUCUCUGUCGUUACGCGUAUCAUGUCGAGGCCCGGGUGUUGACUAGUGUCUGCCCAGGUGUCUUCACGCCAGACGUGCGUAAGUCCGCUGCUGAUGGCCGUCCUCUACCUUCUUCACGACGCGUCUCGUCGCGUGAUGGCCAACACCUGGAGGGCGUUGAGAGAAGGGCUGAUGCCACCCCGGCGCACCGCUCGUCGCACGCAUGCGCCUCAUCAUCUCACGUGCUCUUCACUCAGCCUCAACCUCUGCUGCCUUUGGGCGACGCGCGCGCGCACUCGAGAGCAGCGGCGGCGUCACUCACAUCCCCAUCGACGCCCUUGUCCCCGCCCGUGGAGGUACCCGCGACGCCUGCCAAGGCGCCGUGGCUAGAGGCGAGUGAGGACGGAUGCGAGGAGACGUUGCUGUUCCCCAGGAGUUCUACUUCCACUGGCAGCAGCCGGGGCGGAGGCAGACAUGCGUCUAAACGGUGGGACGAGGCGGCGUCGGCUUGCGCUGCGCACUCCGCACUACUGGGCCUCACGCCGAUGUCCAACAGGGCACCUUCGCAGAGCCCCUCCGAGGCUUCCGAUAGACCUCCCUCAUCUUCAGCUUCGGUGCAACCGCCACAACACGCCGCCGACGCCGCUCCGCCGCCUGCCGUUGAGCGCCUCUGGCGAGUCUCGUUAGCGCGAACGCCGCCGCCAGACUUUGCUGUCGGCUGUAUGGGCGUCCUGUGCGGUGCGCAGGCGGUCCGCCAUUUCGCUGCACACGCAUUCGUUUCGCAGAAGCAAGCGCGGCUGCGCCGGCGUGGCGCCAGCUGCACAGCUGACGGUAGUCACGGCACCACAAUAGACGCUGCGACGGUCGGUGCCAUCGAGGAGGCGGACGCUGCUCCGCAGCUGCGGUUUUCGAACGAGGCGGCUGACGCUGACGGAGACGGGAGCGAGGAGCCGCCGGUUGGUGCAACGGUGAGAGAUGGCUCGACGGUGAGUGGUGCGCGCAGCGGGGAUACUCUAGUGGCGGCAAGGGGGAGAAAGGCAACGGAGGUCGUGGUGCUGUCGGGAGCUUCAUCUUGCGCGCACAGCAGCUCUGCGGCGCCGAUGGCAUCAUUCAUGGUAUCCUCUCUUACGGCCUCACAGUCGUCUUCAUCAUCGCUGGACCCCGUUCGCGAGGUGACGGCUUCGCAGCGUGGCUUCCUCGACCUUCUACAGGCAGGGAGGCGCAUUGAUGAGGCAGGUGCGCGCAUGGUUUUGCUGCAGCAUCGCGGUCAGCUGGGCUACAUUGUGGAUGGUAUGCGACGCUGCUGUGCAGUGUCCGCCUCUGGACGCGAGGGUCUCUUCCUCUCGCGAAGGGGCGGCGGUGGUAGCAGCGGUGACUUGCGGGUGUGCGUCUCUGCUGUCACGUGGCCGUGGACCGCAGCGACGGAGGUAACGCCGAGUGACGUAGCGCUGCUGCCGUAUCGGUAUGAGGCGGUGGCGUCGUUCCCCGCCCCUUCCGUUAGCAUUGCCGGGGCCUCGCGGAGCGCGAGGGUGGCGCCGACUGCCGCACGCGCGACGCCCACAGGCCGCGGCGUCAAGCAGAGCCUCCCUCUCUCGGUGGUGAGCAGGCGAAAGUCUACCAGCCACGUCCCUGGUUUUCCUCUCUCCGCCACACAGCAGCCGCAGCACCACCUGCAGUGCACUCUGCGCGUGCUCUACAUUGAGGUGCUUCUUCACCGCCUGCCGGGAGACGCGUCUGCGUCGACGAGUGAGGUGCUCGCGGUGGGACUGGGACAGGCCACCACAGCCACCAACAGCGCCAUCGCCGUUCGCCUGUUCUGCGUGGCCGCUCCAAUACGCUGCUCAGCUGCGCAUGCACCACCCCUUGUUGGACUGACCGAGGCGGUGCAGGUGGUGACGGUGCUGGACGAGGCGGUGCUCCUCGCGCGCGUGCGUGACGAGAUCCUCGCGUACGACCCCGACAUCUUGAUUUCGUGGGAUGGCGUCAAGUAUGGGCUCGGGUGCUUGGCGCUGCGUUACCGGGCGGUGCUUCGGCGCAACCUGGCCUCUGACUUGUCACGCGUACUGCAGCAUCACGGGUAUCAGCGGACCAAUGCAAAUCGCGGGUCACACUCUGCAGCCGCCGCGUCAGCCUCGGGUGAGGAUACUGGUGUCGACAGCGGCGCAGCUGAGCGCGCUUGCCCCUCAGUGGCAGAGGAAGGACCGGCAGAAAUCGGACGCGGGGGCGCCGAGGCUAGCAAGCUCACCGCAGGAAGCUAUCACUCGGGGCCACCUGCCUCCCAUGCAGCCGCUCCCUUCACGGUUCGCCACGGCAGCAGCAGCGGCGGUGGCGGCGAGCCUGUGCCUUCUCAAGAAUCUGGACAGAGCGCCACCGCCAUGGCUGCGCGCUCUUCGGUGUUGUCUAGCGCUGCUUCUUCUGCAUCCUGCGGGGCCCCGCUGAUGGACUUGGGUGAAGAUGGCGAUGAUGAGGAUGGCGGCGGCACAGACGAUGCUGGCGCCAAGGGUGGUGCGCGUGGCCGCAGAGGCAGUGCCUUGGCAGGGCACACGGUUGAGUACAGAGGAGGGCGCAGAAUGCACUGGGAAGACACCGGAUUGCGGCGGAAUGGUCAGCCGCCGCUACUGGCGCGGCCGCGUGCAGCCGUCCAUCUCCGCACCGCGGCGUCCGCGUCGACGUUGCCCGGGCCAGCGGCGGCUGACCAGUACGCGGAGCGGUUUGGCGCCAACAUGCACGUGGUAGGGCGCAUCUGCACGAGCCUCGGCAAGGACCUGCGUAAGGAAAUAAAGAUGCCCAGCUACUCCCUCCCAAUGGUGCACGUUAAGCUGCUGGGGCAACCGCUGCCGUACUUCACAGACAGCUAUGUUUCUGAGCUCUUCCUGACGCCGCAGUGCACCGAUGCACCCGGCGGAGGCGAGCGGCACACGGCUCUGCGUUACCUCGCCUCACGCGUCGCCGCGCCGCACCGAAUCGCGUGCAAGCUGCGCUGGUUCACGAGGCUGCUAGAGUUCUCGCGGAUGUACGGUAUCCUAACCAAGGAGGUCAUCACGCGCGGCAGCCAGUUCCGCGUGGAGGCUACUCUCCUCCGCUUUGCCCAUCCUCUCGGGUACGCUAUGCUGUCGCCAUCGUUGAGCCAGGUGCAUCGCCAGCCCCGCAUCGAGUGCAUCCCGUUGGUGAUGCAGCCCAAGUCGGACCUGUACCGCCAUGACCCUGUGGUGGUGCUAGACUUCCGAAGCUUGUACCCGAGCAUCAUAAUCGCCUACAACCUCUGCUACUCCACGUGCCUUGGCAUAGUGCAGCCACACUCGCACGGACGACUCGGGGUGUUGCCGCGGUUCAGGCAAAGUGAAGCCGCGCUGGCGGAGCUGCUACCCGACGACGGCGCCCAGCACGAUGGCGUCGUCUUCAGCCCCAGCGGCGCCAUGUUCGUCCCCCCCAGCACACGAGUCGGUUUGCUGCCGCAGAUGGUGCAGGCCGUGCUGGAUGCGCGGUUCGAGGUGCAAGCCGCGCUGAAGCAUAUUGCGGUGCCGUCAGAGGACAUGACGAUGCAGCAGCGCCUGCAGGAGCAGCAGCUGGCGCUCAAGAUGCUGGCGAACGUGACGUACGGGUACACAGCAGCGUCGUACACGGGCCGCAUGCCGUGCGUCGACCUUGCCGAGGCGAUCGUGUCGCUGGGGCGGCAGACGCUUGAGCGCGCCAUGGCGCUCAUACACAGCACUCCGGCGUGGCGGGCCGAGGUGGUCUACGGCGAUACGGACAGCUUGUUCGUGCAGCUUGCCGGCCGGACCAAGGCAGACGCCUUUCGCAUUGGCCAGGAGAUGGCCGACGCGGUCACACGGUCGAACCCGGCGCCGAUACGACUGCAGUUUGAGAAGGUGCUGCUGCCGUGCUUACUGCUCGUGAAGAAGCGGUACGCCGGGUACAUGUGGAGCUCACCGACGCAGGAGGCUCCAACGUUCUUGGCGAAAGGGAUUGAGGUGGUGCGACGCGACCAGUGCCCCGCCACGGCGCAGCUCACAGAGCAACUCCUGCGGCUGCUGCUGGACGGCGCCAGUGCGACAGCGCUGCGGCAGUCGUACUACGCGGCGGUGGAGCGGCUCCAGUCUGGGGCCGCAAACCCGCUUCAGUGCAUCUUCCGCCGUGCGGUGAAGCUGGGCCGGUACAAGGACUCAGGUGACGCACACCUGCCGCUGGCCGCCCGCCUGGCCUUCCAGCAGAUGGAGAAGGACGUCACACAGACGCCGUACUGGGGAGAGCGACUGCCGUACGUGGUGGUGCGAUCCACCACUGCAGUCAACACGCUCACGGACAAGGUGGUUCACCCGGAGCGUCUCCUCCAGGUACACGACACCCACAGCUUGGACGCGACCUACUACAUUGUGCGCCACGUGAACAGAACGCUUGAUCGCAUGUUCUACCUCGUCGGCAUCAGCUUUGCGCGGUGGUAUCAAGCAAUGCCUCGGCGACGCACAGCGCACGCGGCGCUGCUGAACUUGCCGACCUUCAUGGCAGCACAGCAGCAGCAGCAGUUGCAGGGCGGGGUGCCACCUGACGCGCGCGGUGCUGCCCCCCUUCCAUUUUUCUCCGAUACCGCGGGCGCCCCUCUAAGCCCGCGAAGCCGACAGAUGCGCUUGGGGCAGCUGGCAUCAUUGAUGGAGCGGCUACGCCACCACCACAGCAGCUCAGGCGUGUUGUCCGCUCUUAGCGGCGACGAGGAUCCGAGUGGCGAGACGGUGCAGGUAACAGAGGUGGCGGACCUCACCUGCCCCUCGACACAAGAGGUGAUCGACGUUGACCAGCUCACGACGCAGUGCAGCAAUCGCCCAUCGCCAUCCUUGGCGGACGCCGCGCCGCCGCGGCUCGACUGCUUUCUGAAGCCUGGCCGGGCUGCAUCUCGCCCUGGGCGACGGAGGCGGUGGCGCACUGCGACCCUUGACAGUUUCUACCCGCGCACACUCUGUGUGGUCUGCGAAGAAGAGACCGUCAGCUUGAACGACAUCUCUCGACAGCAGGCCGUGUUGAUGCAUGUCGGAGUACUGGGAUGCGGCGCAGCAGCGAGCGGCAGGCGUUGCUCUACAGUCGCUUAUCCUCUCGCCUCCACAGCACCAGCGGCACCGCUUCCUCUUCCCCAUCGCCUCCCGCCCAUCUGCACGCGAUGCUGGAGCGACCCGCUGUCGCUGUAUCUCCGCGUACAGCAGCAGUGCCGCUCUAUGAACCGGCAGAUGGACGCACUGCAGGGGCUCUGCGCGCGCUGCAUCAGCGGCGGCGGCGACGCCGGCGAUGCCGCGGCGGACGAGUACAAGCUUGCCGUAGCAGACAUGGAAGACAUGGACGCCUUCUGCAUGUCAUCUACGUUGACGCGGCGCCGUAACUCUCCAGGGCACGCUUACGAUGGCGUAGAUGGGAGCACGCCACGCCACGUGCUGGCCGCGGUGGAGCUGUCCACCGAGGGUGUGCCGCGCGGGUGUGUGUCGGUCGACUGCGCUGUCGGAUUCGAGAAGAAGUGGGUGACGGCACAGCGGGUGCAGUGGCAGGCCUUGCAGGCGUUCUUGAACAAGGUUUUGUGA